CUGUUUUGUUGUCGCUGGGGGCCGGGAUGUUCAACUGACCGACCAUAUGUAUAGUGAUGCAACUUGUUUUUUAAAGUUUAUAUAGCCAGCACCAGUUCUUCCAUACUUCCAUUGCAAAUUUGCAGAAGAAUCUCUACUGAUAGCUAUAUCUACAGUAUAAAAUAGCCAUGUUGUUCCCAGGGCCUGAUAUUCUGAUGAUGGAGGGUACUGAGGUACUUAUGCCACUAGAAGCAGAAAUGGCACAAAGCAACUCAUCAGAAGAAGGAGAUGAUAUGCAUGGAACAAUGAGGACAAGAGGAGAGACUGAUCAAGUCGAAAACCAAGAAUAUGAUGGCGAGGAAGACCAAGAUGGUAGUGGUAGUCAAGCUGGAAAGGGCAAGAGAAAGCGCUACCACCGCCACACUCAAGAACAGAUCCAGUUAAUGGAAGCCUUUUUUAAGGAAUGCCCGCAUCCUGGUGAUAAGCAAAGAAAGGAACUUUGUAAGAGAUUAGGGCUAGUACCUCUUCAAGUCAAGUUUUGGUUUCAAAACAAGCGCACUCAAAUGAAGGCCCAGAAUGAGCGGCAUGAGAAUACAAAUCUCCGGGCUGAAAAUGAGAGCCUACAAGCUGAAAAUGUUAGGUUUAGAGAAGCACUUGGAAGUACUUCAUGUCCUAAUUGUGGGGGUGCAGCAGCAAUAGGUGAAAUAUCCUAUGAUGAACAUCAUGUGAGGUUGGAGAAUGCUCAUCUCAGAGAAGAGAUUGAUCGUCUAUCAUCAAUAGCUGCAAAGUAUCUGGAUCAUGUGGCUCCACCACCACGUCAGCUUGGUUUCGGGAACAAUUCUAGCUAUGGGCAAGGAUCAGCGGAGAUGUAUAAUGUAGCUGGAGAAAUACUGAGGUCAAUCAGUGGACCGCCUACUGAGGAAAUUAAGCCCAUGAUGAUCGAGCUGGCGGUGACAGCAAUGGAAGAGUUUAUGAGGAUGGCACAAUUAGGGGAACCGUUGUGGGUGCCCGGUAUCAACGGUGCCACCAGUGCUACACUAUGUGAAGAGGAAUACAUGAGAGCCUUUCCUCAGGGUGUUGGCCCUAGGAUAGCUGGAUUCAGAAAUGAAGCAUCACGUGAAACUGCUGUGGUUAUAAUGAAUCACAUUAGCCUCGUUCAGAUUUUGAUGGAUGUGAAUCAAUGGUCAACCAUGUUUUCCGGCAUUGUUUCUAGAGCGAUGACGUUGGAAGUUCUAUCAACUGGAGUUGCAGGAAAUUAUAAUGGAGCUCUGCAAGUGAUGACUGCAGAAUUUCAAAUCCCUUCACCAUUAGUUCCUUCUCGUGAGAGCCAUUUUUUGAGGUAUUGCAAACAACACUCAGAGGGGACUUGGGCAGUGGUUGAUGUUUCAAUAGACAGUUUACGCCCUAGUCCAGCAAUGAGAUGCCGCAGAAGGCCAUCAGGAUGUUUAAUUCAUGAAAUGCCAAAUGGAUACUCACAGGUUACUUGGAUCGAACAUGUAGAAGUGGAUGAUAGUGGUGUUCACAAUCUAUACAAGCCUCUCCUGAAUUCUGGUCUAGGAUUUGGGGCAAAGAGAUGGGUUGGCGCUCUGGAUCGCCAAUGUGAACGCCUUGCAAGUGCCAUGGCCACGAAUGUACCAACUAGCAUUGUCAACAGCGUUGAGGGAAGAAAGAGUAUGUUGAAGCUAGCAGAGAGAAUGGUGAUUAGCUUUAGUGCAGGAGUGAGUGGAUCUACUGCACACAAAUGGACAACUCUUUCUGGAAAUAUGGCUGAAAAUGUGAGGAUCAUGACCAGAAAAAGCGUAGAUGAUCCAGGUAGACCACCUGGUAUCGUGCUCAGUGCUGCCACUUCAUUUUGGCUACCUGUUCCUCCCAAGGCUGUUUUUGACUUCCUUCGUGAUGAAAAUUCCCGAAAUCAGUGGGACAUUCUUUCCAGUGGGGGUGCUAUUCAAGAAAUGGCGCACUUUGCAAAUGGCCGUGAAACUGGCAAUUGUGUUUCACUACUUCGAGUCCAUAAUGCAAAUUCAAGCCAGAGUACAAUGCUAAUACUCCAAGAAAGUUACAGUGACCCAACCGCUUCCUUUAUAGUCUAUGCACCUGUGGAUAUUAUGUCUAUGAAUGUCGUGAUAAACGGGGGAGACCCUGACUACGUGGCCCUUCUUCCCUCUGGAUUUGCUAUUCUUCCCGAUGGAUCUCCGAUGCAAUCUCAUGAACCAGGGUCCAAACCUACCUCUGCUGGAUCACUUUUAACUAUUGCAUUCCAGAUUUUAGUAGACUCUAUUCCUACCGCCAAGAUUUCUCUUGGAUCGAUCUCUACUGUUAACAAUCUCAUCAACUGCACUGCCGAAAGGAUUAAAGAUGUUAUAUUGCGAGUGUCUCAGCCCCGCGAUUUCUAGUAAGUUAUAAAUAUAACUGGUCCCUUUAGAGCAGUGAUUAAUUAGCUCCAAGUUUCAGAACACAGUUUACUUAGACCCUUUCAAUGUAAUGUACCUUUUAUGUUUUUAUUUGCUCGUAGAGACACUUAUGCUUGUGUUGUUCGAAGUUGAUUGAACUCAUCAAGGUCAAGAAAAAGUUUAUGCAGAGGUAAGACUCAAGAGGUUUGGGCAAUGACUUGCAGAGAUUAAGGCCAACUAAUUAAACACAAUACAUGUAGCUUGUAGCUAACCAUCCUUCCAUGUUACUUAUCAGAUAGUUUCUUGUAAGAGCUGGUUUGAUACUUCAAUCAUGUACUAUUCUCUUUUUUCUAUUUAUAUCUUUAUUAAUU